CAAAGCGAAGCUUGGUGACGUUUUCGAUGAGCGGAUAAUAUGUGACGUAGAAUCCAAGAUGGCGGGUCCCCGUUCCACGAUGAAAUUUUGGAAGCCGGGGUCCGAAGCACCCGGGAUUUCUGAGGAACGUGAGCUCAACACCGAGAUCACCGGCUCCACCGCUGUCUACAAUCCCUUUAUUUCACUUUCAAUAGAGAAGCAACGACAGAAACUACCAGUUUUCAAGCAUAGAAACAACAUCCUGUACUUGCUGGAAACCUUUCAGACUGUCAUUAUAGUUGGGGAAACUGGAUGUGGGAAGACAACACAGAUCCCCCAGUACCUGCUGGAGGUCGGCUGGGCAGCAGAAGGGAAGGUGAUUGGUGUGACACAGCCUCGACGCGUAGCUGCUAUCUCUGUAGCCAGUCGUGUUGCAGAAGAGAGAGGUGCUCGGUUAGGACAUGAGGUAGGAUACACUAUUCGAUUUGACGACUGCUCUGACUCUCAAGCUACAAGGAUCAAGUUCCUUACAGAUGGUAUUUUAAUACGGGAAAUGAUGGCUGAUCCCCUGCUCAAAAAAUACAGUGUGUUGAUGCUGGAUGAAGCGCAUGAGAGAACCCUGUACACAGACAUAGCCAUUGGCCUGCUGAAGAAGAUCCAGAAGAAACGUCCAGAACUGAGGCUGAUUGUGGCUUCUGCCACUCUGGAUGCCAAGAAAUUUCACGAGUUCUUCAACCAGAAUGAAUCCGGAGAUCCCAAUAGGGACACAUGUGGUAUCCUAACUGUUGAGGGACGCACUUUCCCAGUGGAUAUAUUUUACACGCUCAGUCCUGUACCUGACUAUGUGAAGGCCACAGUGGAGACUGUGAUGAAGAUACAUGAGGCAGAGGAUGCUGGGGAUGUACUGGCGUUCCUUACCGGCCAGGAAGAAGUAGAAAAGGUGGUGUCCCUUCUACAGGACCAGGCCAGGUCUAUGUCACGACAAGGCAUGAGGAAACACCUGCGAAUUUUGCCAAUGUAUUCCGGUUUACCUUACGCUGACCAGAUGAAGGUUUUUGAGCGGGUGCCAGCUACAGUUCGCAAAGUGGUGGUGGCCACUAACAUAGCUGAGACCUCUAUCACCAUCAAUGGUAUCGUUUUUGUCAUUGACUGUGCUUUUGUGAAGCUCCGUGCGUAUAACCCCAACACUGGCAUUGAGUCACUGGUGGUGACUCCUAUCUCCAAGGCUUCAGCAAGCCAAAGGGCAGGGAGGGCUGGCCGUAACCGACCUGGAAAAUGCUUUAGACUCUACACAGAGGAAGACUUCGAGAAACUGCCUCCCUCUACUGUGCCAGAGAUGCAGCGCACUAACUUGGCCCCGGUUAUCUUGCAGCUUAAAGCUUUAGGGAUUGACAAUGUGCUGCGAUUCAGCUUCCUUUCUCCACCUCCAGCUCAGUCUAUGGUUCAGGCUCUAGAGCUUCUUUUCGCUCUCGGAGGUCUAGACAAUUAUGGACGUUUGACUGAGCCGAUGGGCGUGCGGAUGGCUGAGUUCCCACUUAGCCCCAUGUUUGCUAAGAUGCUUCUAGAGUCAGGCAACUUUGGCUGCUCCAAAGAGAUUGUGACCAUUGCAGCAAUGAUGCAGAUUCAGAAUAUCUUUGUUGUACCCCCCAAUCAAAAGAAAGCAGCGGCCCGUGAGCACAGAAAGUUUGCUGUUGCUGAAGGGGAUCACCUCACCAUGCUGAAUGUGUAUGAAGCUUACAUAAAGCACCAGAAGAGCUCCAAGUGGUGUCAGCAGCAUUUUCUCAAUUACAAAGGACUGCAGCGUGCCGUGACGGUACGAGAGCAGCUGCGGCGUCUCAUGACCAAGUUCAAGGUGGUGUGGACUUCCAGCGAAGGUGAUCCUGAUGUGAUCUUACGGUGCAUUGUGUCUGGGUUUUUUGCCAAUGCGGCACGCUUUCACCACUCUGGUUCCUAUCGGACUUUGCGAGACGAUCGUGAGCUUCACAUCCACCCAAACUCUGUCUUGUAUGGAGAGAAGCCACCCAAAUGGGUUGUCUUCAAUGAAGUGUUGCAGACCAGCAAGUACUUCAUGCGAGAUGUGACUGCAGUGGAGUCUUCCUGGCUGGUUGAGUUGGCCCCUCACUUCUACAAGCAGGCUAAACAUGAUUCACUUGGGAGCAAGCGAUCCCGCAUCCUCUAGAUCUCUUCAGCUUUUAGUGCUCCUUAUGUAAAUAAAUACUUCAUAUUUAUUGAUCAUGUCCACAUUGCACAACUGUGACCAUGCUCACCCACACUUGCCUUUUCAUAGUGAUCUCCUAUUAUUAGAUCUGUGUGUGCGCGCGACUGCUGAUGAAUGUGAGAAGAGGAAAUACUUGUACAUAGUCAGAGAAGGCCCAGCUCCGGGGAAUGCUUGCAGCCAUACCUGGUUCUAGGCUUUAUUAUUUUUUAAGAAGUUGUAUUUUUUUAAUUGCUGGGUGCUGAACUAUGGAAAACAUUGAAAUGUAAGGACAUGCCACAGUUUGACACUCUUUUCUUUAUCAAUGUAUUUUCCUUCUCAUAACCUAGGUGCCUUUAGAAAUGUUACUGGUAACUUUACUUGCAGUUUAUCUUAAAUUCUUUAAAAUGGUUCCAUGAUGACACUGUGAAAAGACCGUCUUUACCUUUUGUGAAAGCAUUUUACCCAAAAUCGAGAUUGUUCAGUCGUUUCGCCAUUUAGUGCCAGUUACCUUCCUUCAUUCGCAUGUUACCCGUUUCAUUCCUCAAUGGAUUUUAUAAAAACACACGAAUAAUGUACAAGGAAAGCUGUGUAGACCAAAUAGUGCUGUUUGUCGACAUGCGACUUAAAAUGGAGUUACAUGCUUUCAGAUGUAGCCUAAUGCCUCAAAAUAACUAGCAUUUAUCAAUCCUUUUCAUUAUCUUCUAGCCACCAGAAUGUCCACAUUGCUUAAAUUGGUCGAAUUAGCCAUAUACAUUAAAAAUGCAGUAAUAUACUGUAGUUCAAUAAAUAGGCUUGCCGUAGCGUUACUUCACAUUACUGGUUAGUAGUACAUGUGCACUUAGAAAUGCUUUUUUAAUUUUGUUUUUCUAUUUUCAGCUAAAAUAUCUAGAAAUCUGUCUAUUACAAGUUUGUCAUUAUAUUCAAUUUAGAAUUUCAGACAGACAUGCAUGAUUUCAUGUACCACUGCUGUAAUCUGAGCCGUUAAACCAAUCACAGCCCACAGAAGCACAACAUACGGUAGCUAAGCAAACCACCUAUUGCAUGUCUGCUGCACAUUCAUAGAAUCAUUGCUGGUAUGCAAAAUUGCCACCUGCCAUUUCUUCACAUAAUCUAAUAAAUCUGCAAUACAUGCACCAUGCAUCAAGUGUCAGUUCUUUUGUUACUUUUUUUUUUUUAAUCUGUCCUGUUCAACUGCUUAGACACUGGGAAUAGGAAUCUGAGUGUCCUUAUGGUCCGAACAAUUUUAAUGUUUCACAUGGGAGUUU